AUGUCUAUAAAUGAAGUAGGAAUGUUGACAGAAGGUCUGGAAGCGGUGAAAGCGCUGAUAAUUGGGCUAAUUGGCACCGGCUUAGGAAUACUGAUGGAAAAGUUGGGAGGUGUGCUGCAAGUGGUGGUUAUGUUCAGUGGAAUCAUAUAUGGACCGCUAAAUGGCAUUUUUCUUGCUGGCAUCUUGACCCCGUGGGUCAACGCCAAGGGCGCCAUGGCUGGAGGACUCACCGCAUUUGUUUUGAGUGCGUGGGUAGUUGCAGGCAAUUAUAUGUAUGGAUCAGCGCCACCGUACCUGCCAUUAUCUACCUCGGGUUGUCCUGUAAACCUGGCUUCUCUUGACAACUUCACUGUUAUCUCCUUCAGUAACUUUUCAGCUACAGACUCUUUCAUAAAUAAGACAGUGACGAGGGAGUACCUACAGACCAAUUCAACGCUGAGUGACUUUUCAACAACCACCACCGUCCAAGGGUUCGUAUCAUUUUGCAAGUACUUUCUCUAUAUUGCAACAUGA